AUGAGCGGCGAAAGCUCAAAACGGUCUGGUCCAGAUGAAGGUGUGAGCUCAAAACGUCCUGACGGCGUCAAGAAAGUUAAGAGUAGGAGAAAAGCCCCAAUAUCCAGUUCUACAUCUCCAUCUCCAUCCUCUUCGGAAUUUACGAGGAGGAUUCGUGUGGGAGAGGACUUACUUGAUUAUCAAAAGGAGCGUGAUGCCUUGAGAGAAUCAACGAAAGAGGAAGAUAGAAAGUUCAAAAUUUGGAAUAUAUUAAUGGCUAAGUCUUCCCUUGAUCCGAAUGAGAGAGAGAUGCAUGUUUUCCUUCGUAUUGUCAAAGGUGUAACAAUUCAAGAUGAUAAAUUCUUUACGCAAAAACCAGAUGCUACUGGAAAGAUGGGUGCAUCUAAACUACAAAAAUGCACUGCGGCUAUCAGGAUGUUGGCAUAUGGUUCAUCCUCUGAUGCUGUUGACGAGUACCUGAAAAUUGCUUCAAGUACCGCUAGAGAGUGCCUUCUUCAUUUUGUCGAAGCGGUUGUUGCUAGAUUUGGAGAUGAAUACUUGAGGAAGGCAAAUGCAAAUGACAUUGAACGUCUCCUACAUGAAGGCGAGCGUCGUGGCUUCCCAGGCAUGAUGGGAAGCAUCGAUUGCAUGCACUGGAACUGGAAGAAUUGUCCUUGGGGCUGGAAAGGAAUGUAUCAAGGAAGAAGCAAAACAACAACCAUAAUCUUAGAAGCGGUUACUUCAAGUGACUUAUGGAUAUGGCAUGCUUUUUUUGGCACCCCGGGUUCAUGCAAUGAUAUAAACGUAUUGCAGAGGUCUCCCGUCUUUGAUGAUGUCCUACAAGGAAGAGCCCCAGAGGUCAACUUCUCGGUGAACGGGACUACUUAUAACAUGGGUUACUAUCUUACUGAUGGCAUCUACCCGAGAUGGUCAGCAUUCAUCCCCGCAAUAAAGCUCCCCCAAACCCCUAAACAAAGAUUAUUCACACAACAUCAAGAAGCUGUUAGAAAAGAUGUAGAGCGUGCAUUUGGAGUAUUGCAAGCUAGAUUUACAAUCAUCGAAACCCGCUCUCGCGUGGGAUAA